AUGGAGCGCUGGAGGAGAAAGCUGGGAGUCGCUGGAACGCUGGAAGCAGACAAGUCAAAAAAUGGAGAACUAUAUGAUUGUGUCGAUAUAUACAAGCAACCGGCAUUUGACCAUCCAUUACUGAAGAAUCAUACUCUCCAGUUAAAACCAAGUUUUCUUCCAAAUGGUUUGAAACCUACAAAACCCAAGCCAGCGACCUUCUACGGAUUCAACGACACUUGUCCUUCAGGGACUAUUCUCAUUGAGCGUUCUCAGAAAUCAGAUUAUUUUCGUUCUCACGUACACCCUGUAGAUGAUAUAGCUGAUCUGGGACACCAUUUUGCUGUAUUUGAAAACAAUAUUGCCAAGCUUUUUCACGGAGCAAGUGCGAGAAUGACGACACAUCAACUUCCAAAUUUGCUACCAAAUCAAGUAUCAUCGAGCAGUAUUUAUCUUUAUGGUGAUACUUAUGGCCCACGCAAUGAAACCAAUGUGAUACAAGCUGGUUGGCAUGUUGCGCCAACGUUAUAUAAUGACAAUAUUCCUCGAUUUUUUACUUUGUGGACAACCGACGGGUAUGAAAAAACUGGUUGUGUAAAUUUACGAUGCCCAGGUUUUGUUAGAACUACUUCUGGUCCUAUUGGACCUGGUAGUACUAUUGAAAAAUUCUCCGUUUAUAAAGGUGAAGAAAUGUCUUUUUCUCUAGAAAUCUUUAAGGAUCCUUCGACUUCAAACUGGUGGGUUUUGUUACAAGGUGGAGCUCUUGGUUAUUAUCCUAAAGAAUUGCUUCCUAAGAUGGAUAUUGGUGUAGAUAGGAUUCAAAUGGGUGGGCAUGUCUAUUCUCCCACCAGCGAAGCAAGUCCCCCGAUGGGUAGCGGUCAUCCGUAUACUGAAGGGCGUAAGUAUCAUCUUGACGUAACUGAUGGUUAUAUUUUUGCUUACGGAGGAGCUGGAGGUUUUAUAAAGUGA